AUGCCGGGGCGGGUCCCGGGGCUGCCCCAGCCUCGGCGGGACCGUGUGCCCGGUACGGCACCGGGAGCGGGCCCUCGGUCCCGGCACCCCCUCCCCUGGCCCUACUGCCGCAAGCGCUGCUCCUACUGCAACUUCAACAAGUACGUGGUGCCGGCGGUGGACGAGGCGGCCGUGCGCGCCUGCCUGGUGCGGGAGGCACGCACCCUGCUCCACCUCAGCCAGGUGCAGAGCAUCACCUCUGUCUUCUUCGGAGGGGGCACCCCCAGCCUGGCCAGCCCCCGCACCAUCGGAGCAGUGCUGGAGGCCAUCGCGGGGGCUGCCCACCUCCCCGCCGGCGCCGAGGUCACGCUGGAGGCCAACCCCGGCUCUGCCGGCACACCGCGCCUCGCCGGCUUCAGGGAAGCUGGCGUCAACCGCCUCUCCAUCGGCGUCCAGUCUCUGGACGACGCAGAGCUGCGGCUGCUGGGCCGGGAGCACACGGCAGCGGAGGCGCGGGGGGCCGUGGAGGCGGCGCGGGGGCUCUUCCCCGGCCGAACCUCCAUCGACCUCCUCUUCGGGCUGCCGGGGCAGAGCCAGGACACCUGGACCCGGCGGCUGGAGGCGGCACUGGGGCUCUGCGACGACCACGUUUCCCUGUACCAGCUGACGCUGGAGCGGGGCACGGUGCUGGCGGCGCAGGUCUGGGGGGGGGCCCUGCCCGUGCCCCCCCAGGACCUCCUGGCUGACAUGUACCAGACAGCCCGUGCCAUGCUGGUGGCUGCUGGCUUCCGGCACUACGAGGUCUCCAAUUUUGCAAGGAAGGGCGCCCUCAGCACCCACAACCUCUCGUACUGGCGGGCCGAGCAAUACAUCGGCGUGGGGCCGGGAGCGCAUGGGCGGUUUGUGCCAUGGGGUGAGGGUGGCCGCAGCCGGGAGGCCCGUGUCCAGACGCUGGAGCCUGAUGCCUGGAUGCGGGAGGUGCAGAGCCACGGGCACGGCACCAGGAGGCGGGUGGUGCUGAGCCCGCUGGAGCAGCUGGAGGAGGUGCUCGCCCUGGGACUUCGCACGGACGAGGGCAUCACCCAUGAGCGCUGGAGGCAAUUCUCCCCCCACCUCAGCCUGGAGGCCGUGUUCGGGGUGCCGGGGGAGGCGAAGGAUCUACAGCAGCAGGGUUGGCUGGUCCUGGACUGCGGCGGCCUGCGGUGCAGCUGGGAGGGCCUGGCCCUACUGGACUCCCUGCUGCCCGACCUGCUCUGCCAGCUGCAGCACCGCUGGGCCCUGCCGCGCCCUGGCCGGGGAGCUGAGGAGAAACCCGGCGGGGGACAGGGCCGGUAG